GAUCUUCAUUCACAGUCGGACAGGAUCGGCUUCGGCUGAAUUGAACCUGUGCAGCGGCUGAGCGGCGGAAUGUCGCCGUGCUGGCUACACCUGCAGCGCACCUUCGACAAAGGUUUGUGUGACUCAUAAAGGGCAGCAGGACGAGGAAUUUUCUCUUCGAGAUUGUGUCUUCAGUGCUUGAACGCAGCACAGCGCUGUCAAACCUCAACUAUUUCACCGAGUUUGUGCGCCUUUGGAUUAUUCCAAGUCCAGGGAGCCAAGUAGGAGAAGGCUUUAGUCCCAGCUCAGUGUCGACCCAUGAGACCUGCUCAGAAAGUCACCAGGUGGAGCGAAGCUGAAGACUGCCGGCGGUCUGCUUCAGGAGGUUACACAUAGACGAGGAGAGUCUACCCGGUGAGCCAUGUCCUCCUCAGCCUGCCAGUGGACUUUUCUGCGCCCAUUUGUCAUCAGCAGCCUGUUGGUGUUGGGCUUUGUGGUUCUUUUCUGCACAUACUACAAGCCUGACAUCAAGUUCCCCACUUUUGACAUUUACAUGGAGAGAGGCAAUCAUUCCUGUCCUACAGUUGUGUGUGCAGAGGGACCACAGAUCCAGAACUCAAACUGCUCCACAGAGUUGCACAUUAAUCCAGAUCACAACGACAACCAGAAGAUCCAGACUGCAGCAGUGGACACUGAGCCUGAUACUAUUUUACUGAUCUGGAUGUGGCCAUUUGGCCAAAGGUUUGAUCUCAGCUGCAGUAUUUAUAAUAUUGAAAGAUGCCAAGUGACAGAUGACAAAUCUCUGUACCACAAAGCCCAUGGGGUCCUCUUCCACCACAGGGACAUUAAUCCAGCAAGUUUACCAAAAGAGCCGCGUCCCUGGUUUCAGAAAUGGGUGUGGUCAAAUAUGGAGUCGCCUGCAAACUCAGCUCCAAUCUCUGAGCUUAAUCACUCGUUCAACUUGACAUGCAAUUAUCGGCUUGAUUCAAAUAUUCCUGUGCCUUAUGGGCAUCUGGUGCCAGUGACACCUGAAGAUGAGAGUUUCAAAUUGCCAGCAAAGGACAAGCUGGUCUGCUGGGUUGUGAGCAACUGGAACUCGAACUAUAAAAGAGUUCAGUUCUACAAUGAAAUGAAAAAUCAUGUGGAGAUUCAUACUUAUGGAAACGCAUUUGGCCAUCGUCUAAGUGAUGAAGAGUAUUUGAAGAUAGUUUCUAGUUGUAAAUUCUAUCUCUCCUUUGAAAACUCCAUAUACAAAGACUAUAUCACAGAGAAGUUAUACAGACCUAUGAGAUUAGGAACUGUACCAGUAGUUCUGGGCCCUUCAAGACAAAAUUAUGAGGACUAUGUCCCAGGAGAUUCUUUCAUUCAUGUCAAUGACUUUUCUACUCCAAAGGAGCUGGCAGAGAGGCUCAUUUACCUUGACCAAAACAAUUCUGAGUACAUGAGAUACUUAGACUGGACAAGCAGGUUUCAAGUGAAAUUGUCUGCGUUUGGCAGAGAACAUGCUUGCAAAACUUGCGGCUACUUACAAAACCACAGAGGAUACCAGGCUUUUCAUGAUCUCAACAAAUGGUACUGGGGUUAGCUGAGAAAUAACAUUUGCCAAGUUACAUUUCAGCCUGGGAUGCUGUCAAUAAAACUCUCACAGCGACACGUAGAUGUCAGCAAUUCCACCUGAAUUUCGUCCAUUUUCUACAAACAAAAUGCCAUCACAAUAAUUUGCUGCCACCUCCAACACAAUGGAGGUGGAUGGAAUGUUGUUUCAUUGUUCAUAGUGUUGAAACAAUACGUGUUUCUCAGAGAUACAUAUCUCAAAACCUGUCUGCAUGGCUAGAGAUGACGGAAGACAUGAUAGGCUGUACGUUUGUUUUUCUGUGUUUUUUUUUUGUGUGUGUUUUUUGUUAUUUAACCUGUAAUUGUAAAUCAUUAAGUCAAUCAACAAGUAGCUAUGUAAUUAAUUAAUUUUAAAAUGAAGUGGUCUUGUAAAUAUAUUUAGAUUGGACCAAACGGAACCACGUGGCAUUGAUUUCAAAAAUGUGAUUCAUGUCUUGUCAUUUUAAAACCCAGAUCUACUUUUUUUUAUCAUGAAGUGUUUGUAUUAAGAAUCAGCAAUCAAGAAUUGAAUUUCUCAUUUUAUUUCCACCCUGAUUUUUGUUUUCCAUGACGUCACACAUUCAGUUUUCAGUGACUUUUAUAUCUCAGAAAUUACAACUGAACUGUGAAUCUUGUUUCCAUUUGUCUGUCCAUGUGAUUUUAUCACAAAUUAAAGCUAUUUUUAUCA